AUGACAAUAAAUGGCGGGUUUUUGAGGAGUGGUGUGGUCGCGGUCACAUUGUCUCUUUCCAGUGUUCUGCCGGUGUCUCGGCAGUUAGUGCCUCAGUGGGACCUGUCCUUGGUUUUGGAAGCCCUUUCUCAUCACCCCUUCGAGCCGGUGGAUGGCGUCGGGCUGAAAUUUCUUUCUCUUAAGACCGUGCUGCUUGUGGCUCUAGUGACUGCUAAGCGUGUGAGCGAGCUGCAUGCCCUAUCUGUCAGUCCGUCCUGUCUACAGUUCGCCCCUGGACUCACAAAGGUUUCCUUUCGCCCUAACCCGGCGUUCGUGCCUAAGGUGGUGGAUUCUUCUUAUAGAUGUUCCGUUAUGGAACUUUCGGCUUUUCACCCACCUCAGGAGGAGGAUGGCUUGAGUUCCUUGUGCCCGGUGCGGGCCCUCCAUACGUAUGUCAGAAGAACAGCGGGUUUCAGAAAAUCGGACCAGCUGUUUGUGUCUUGGGCUACCCCUCACAAAGGGAAGCCGUUGUCGAGUCAGCGGCUGUUCCGCUGGAUUGUGGAGGCUAUAUCUAUAGCGUAUGAAUGCUGUGGUUCUCAGGCUCCCACGGGUCUGAGGGCCCACUCUACUAGAGGGAUGGUGACAUCAUGGGCCCUGCUUAAGGGUGUCUCUGUUCAGGAUAUUUGUGCGGCAGCUGGCUGGGCCACGCCGCACACCUUUGUGCGGUUUUAUAGACUAGAUGUGUCUGAGUCAUCCUUGGCACAUGCAGUGCUGAGUGCCAGGCGUUCUGAGCCUAUGUGAUUGACCUGUGCAAUCCGGGAGCAGUCUAUAUCUCCCAUAGUGAAA